GAGAGAAAGAGAGAGAGAGAGAGAGCUAUUUAGAUUACGAAGCUACAAAAAAUGCGCCGAUGUAGCGCGUAAUGGCACGGAGCAGAACAGCUGAUUCCUUAACGUUAACGCAGCGGGUAUUGAAGUGCAAUCGUCGUCGUCGUCGUCGCCUCAACGUUCUGCCGUAUCGGAUCGCAAACGAGCAUCGUAUCUCGUACGCAACGAUUAUCGUUCGCAUAUAUAAAGAAAUAUAAUAAGCGAACCAACCCGGCUUUUACUGGCUCUCGUACAGAAAUUCGAUAUCGCGAACUAACUAACUAACGUUCCGCACGAUUCCCUUUAAAGCCCAAGUUCAAUUGUUUCCCGGAGAUUAUGGCCAGUCCGGUCGUCGGCACCGGAUAUAACUUUAAAGUGGUUUUACUUGGCGAGGGAUGUGUCGGCAAGACUUCGGUCGCUCUUCGAUAUGUUGAGGACAAGUUCAAUGACAAACAUAUUACUACGCUACAGGCAUCGUUUUUGAAUAAGAAAUUGAAUAUCAAUGGAAAAAGAGUUAAUUUGGCGAUAUGGGAUACAGCAGGACAAGAGAAGUUUCAUGCAUUAGGACCAAUUUACUACAGAAUGUCCAAUGGUGCCAUUCUUGUUUAUGACAUUACGGACGAAGAUACUUUUCAAAAAGUGAAAAACUGGGUGAAGGAACUCAAGAAGAUGUUAGGUAGUGAAAUUUGCUUAGCGAUAGCAGGUAAUAAAGUUGACCUAGAGAAAGAUAGAAAUGUUGCCAUAGACGAAGCAGAAGAAUAUGCCAAACAAGUGGGCGCUAUGCAUUUCCACACGUCAGCUAAGUUAAACCAAAACAUCGAAGAGAUGUUCUUAGACCUGACGCGACGUAUGAUGGAACGCGCGGAUGAGGCUGAACAAAAAUCUACUCUUACGAGGACCAAUAGUACACGCCGCAAUGUUGUAAUGGUAGAGGACGAAAGCGAACAGACGCAACCGAGUAGGAGUUCCUGUUGUAGCAGUGCUGGCGGUGGCAGUGGUCUUUCGUAGAUCUCUGAACGAUUUACAUUCAGUUUCAAAUAAGGUCUAAUUUCUAAUCCACGAGUUAUAUAUACGGGACGAAGCAUUUUAAAAAGUGACAGAUUAGUAUCUCCAUAAGUGAAUUCUCUGUGAUAAUAAUUUGUCACAUUAUGAAUGUUUCAUUAUUUGUAUGCUUGCAUAUGCAUUAUGUAUGUGUGAACAUGUAUGUAUGCUUAUAUAUAUAUAUAUAUAUAUAUAUAUAUAUAUAUACAUAUUUGCGAGAAAUAUCUGUAUAUAUCCGAAUAACCAACAAUUGGCUAAAAAUUAGCUAAUUUCAAGACAAAUACUUUAGCUGAUGCAGCCGUAUCGUGUAUUGUGAAUUUUUAAAGAAAAUUAAGAAAUACGCUUGUUUGGCUUUUAUCUAAAAUAAUAUUUUAGAGUUUAAUGUACAUACAUAGUAAUUAUUUCGUUGUACAAUAUUAAUUUGAAAUAUUUGUUCAGUAUCAUUGCAAUACGUUAAUUUGUCUGAAAUUAUAUAAAUUAGCAAUAUAAUAGAGUUGUUGAGUAUAAAGUUUAAAUUAUUGUUACUGUAA